GGAAGGGGCCGCCCGGAAGGCGAAAGUGCGGAGGCUUCCGGUCAGCGUGAUUCUCAGUGCGGCGUCUGAGUUUCCCGCUUUUCAGGUAAAAUAUGGCUAAAAGCUUACGGAGUAAGUGGAAAAGGAAGAUGCGUGCAGAAAAGAGAAAAAAGAAUGCCCCGAAGGAACUCAGCAGACUUAAAAGUAUUCUUAAAGUAGAUAGUGAUGUUUUAAUGAAAGAUGUUCAAGAGAUAGCAACUGUGGUGGUACCCAAACACUGUCAAGAGAAAACUCAAUGUGUGGUACAAGAUGAAAAAGAUGACAUGAAAAUGGAGACUGAAAUUAAGAGAAACAAGAAGAGUCUUCUAGACCAGCAUGGACAGUACCCCAUAUGGAUGAACCAGAGACAGAGGAAAAGGCUGAAGGCAAAGCGAGAAAAAGGGAAGGGGAAAAGCAAAGUAAAGGCAGCAAAGGGUCUGGCCUGGUAGACUCCUAAAAACUUGAAAACUCCUACAUGGGACAGGCCUUUAGUUAGAAUGUGUACAUGGAUUUCAACUUCCACCAAACGAAAACUUGGUUUCCAUAUUUCACUUGGCCUUGUUCUUCAAUUCAAACCCAACUUAACUCCUCAACUUUGUUUUGGGAGCUUGAAUAAAAUCUUUGAUGAAUGAAAGCUACACCGAUACUUUAAUUGGAUGCUUCCCAGUGUGCAGGGAUUCUCAGACAUUGCAAUUCUGUCAAGUGUUACUGUGGUUGUAACUGUUGGGUCUUAGUAAAGAUUAAAAAAAAAAAAAGAUCUACUGACAAAUUUGAGGUGAUUCAGGUUUAAAGAAAACUUUUAUACAAUUUAAAAUAGAAUGUCAGUGGAUCUUAUAAGCACU